CCUCACCCUCACACCAGCGCUCAGAGUGCCGGGAGAGUGCCGAGCCCAGCUGUAAGGACAGCACCUACAGAGAACAGCCCAGUGACUGGCAAACAAUUUACAUUUGAUUAUGAAAAUGAAACCCCCAAACAAGAUUACUUCAUUAAGUCUCCGCCUCCUCAGCUUUUCUUCUCUGCAACCUCCUGGAAAAAGCGACUUUUUAUCCUGUCCCAGAAUGGGGGAAAGGGCCUGAGUCUUUCCUAUUACAAAGACCAUCAACAUCGAGGCUCCAUCGAACUAGAUCGAAGCACCACCAUAGAAGUCGGUAUAAAUAGCCAGGAGAAGAUGCAGUCUGUGCAGAGGAUGUUCAAAUGCCACCCUGAUGAGGUGAUGUCCAUCAGAACCAUGAACAGGGACUACUUCCUCAUUGGCCAUGAUAGGGAGAAGAUCAGAGAGUGGGUGUCCUUCAUGUCAACGUAUUGCAGGGGUGCAAAAACAGCUCAUCAGAAUUCUCAGGAGCAGCCUUCCGUGGGUGACAGAAGGCCAGUUUCCGACCCCAUUCCUUUCUUUGGUCUCUGCAGUGCAUCAGAGAUUAUCAGCCUGCCAUUACCAAGGGCCAGCCUUCCAGAUGUGCAUUUAAUACAAAAAAACCUUCAAGGAUUCAGGCAAGCUCAUCCUCAUCAUGAACAUGAUUUCUAUUCAGAACCCACUCAAGAUAUGGAAGAAGAGAAUUACUACCUCACUCCUCGAAGCAUCCUUUCAGAACUAAAGAGCAUUGCUGAUUCUGAUGAUUCUGUUGACUCAAUUGAAUCCAAUAGUCCAGACCAAGGUUCCAAGAAAUCUGAGAGCAAUUACAUGUCAAUGAAAUCCUGUUUCUUCAAAGAAUCAACCUCUGCAUCUGCUGGUUGCCAAGCUGAACCCCAGAGUUCUCUGGAGACUCCAGAGCAGGGGCCUCCCCUGCAAGAACAUGGCACAGGAAGCGAUCUGUGUCUUCCACCUGCUGAUCCAGAAGCACAAACCACAGCUGACAAAAAGGGGUCCGCCUCACUAACUGUUGUGAAAUUGUCUAUAUUACUCAACAACGUCCCUGAUGAGAGCCAAGUGGAGACUCUGAACGUGUUCCUCUCUCCCUCGGAUGCCUUCAACUAUCUUGCUCUGGUAGAAGCAGCAGGACGGAUAUGUGUGGCUCGGUGGGAAGGUCCUCCCCGACUAGGGUGCUUAUUCUGCCAUGGAGAUCAUAUCUUGGCCGUGAAUGACCUGAAACCCCAAAGCCUGGAGGAGGUGUCCUUGUUUCUUACCCGGUGCAUCCAGAAGGAGAAAGUGAAACUCUCCAUUGGCCGGAUCCCCAAUUCAGAGAAGUUCCAUGCUUCUGCCUGCACGUGCCCCUUAAAACACCACUUGGUGGAGCCUGUCCAGCAGGAUUUGGCAGGACUGGAGAGGACACCAAAGAGGAGUCCAGCCAUCAAAAAGAGCAAGAAGGAAGUAACUGGAGAGUCGGCUGCCUCAGGCCCAUGACAGCAGAAGAAGGAUGGAAACCUGGAUCACGAGUGGACCUGUGGUUGGAGACAAGGCUGCAUCUUACUUUGAGUCACUGUACUGCCUUAACAAUGGGGGUCACUGGCCCCUCUUUGACUGUUGCAUUGAGGUCACAUGGGAUAAUGACUAAGGAACAGAGAUAAAAUGGAAGGCUUUAUUAUCUGAGACUUUGCCUCAGACACGGCAGACAUCGAUUGAGUAAAUCUCUGGUCUAAUUAAUAGCACUGUGUGCUUUCUGAGGUCACAAUUGCUUCUUUGUUAGGAAUAUCCAGUUAGAAUUACUCAUUCCAGGGAGUCAAGAGAGAUGAAAGUCUGUGGUUAUCCUGCAGACAUUUCCUGUGACUCAGCAGCCCAGGGGCCAUCAGAUGAGGCAGAGUGACCUCUGUCUCAGGUAUACCUGAUUUCUUAAAAAUAUAGUAACUCUUUUGGAAGCAGAGGAGGUUUGGUGCUGUUCUCUCUAAAAAUAAACAGGAAACUCUGUGUAUAUGUUCUUAAUUGGUUGGCUUAUUACCAAAUUAGUUCUGUGAUGUCAAAAGGAUCAAAGGCCUUUUAAUAAUCAAGAAAGCAGGAGCAGUCGUCAGCUGAACACUGAUCAACUUGGGGAAUGUUGGUGCAAAGUAGGGUGGAGGAGUAUUAGAAAAUCCAUCUCAGCAGGCUGUCCUUUCACGUGGAAAAAAAAGGAAGGCUUUGAAAGUUCGGUGAUAUUCAGUCUUCAUGACUCCGAGUUCUGUACUGUUGGGGCAGGACCAAGAAUCUAGACCAGCUUUGGAAAGAGAAUUCCCUGACCUCUGCCUUGUGUGGGUUUACAUUAGAAAAGACCUGUGGCACUCAGAGGAGACAU